AUGACGGAAGCGUUGAAUGAUAGAUACUUGGGCCUUCCAUCUACUCUGGGGGUCGAUAAGAGUGAUGACUUCCAAUACCCGAUUGAUCGGCUGGUUCAAAGAUUAAUGGGAUGGAAGGAGAGAUGCAUAUCUGCUGGGGGGAAAGAGGUGCUCUUGAAAUCAGUAGCACAAGCCAUACCAACCUAUGCGAUGUCCGUCUUUAAAAUUCCUAAAAAGAUUUGCAAAGGAAUUACGGACGCAAUAUCUAGAUUUUGGUGGGGUGAUGAUGCAACGAAUAGAAAGAUGCAUUGGUUCUCGUGGAGAAAGAUGUGUAUACCAAAGAAGUUUGGAGGAACGGGGUUUAGGGAUAUUCACUGCUUCAACCUCGCUCUCCUAGCAAAACAGGCAUGUCGCCUUAUUGAUUCGCUAGAAUCGCUAUGUGCGACCAUUCUCAAAGCUAAGUACUACCCGAAUGGAGACCUGCUGGCAGCGACUCUUAAACCAAGAUCAUCCUUUACGUGGCAGAGUAUCCUGGCACGGGUAGAAACACUGAAACGGGGAUAUAUCUGGAGGAUUGGUGACGGUCAAAAGGUUAAUGUAUGGGAGGAUUCAUGGAUUCCGCAAUCGCCGAACAAAAAAGUGCUAACAAUCAGAGGGAGCAAUUUUAUAACCAGAGUCUCUGAUCUGAUUGAUCCGGUGACGGGGGAUUGGGAUAUCCAGCUGGUGAAUCAAACAUUCUGGCCGCUGGAUGCUCAUCGGAUCCUGGCGAUACCUUUGCCCUUAUAUGAGAUGAAUGAUUUUAUUGCAUGGAGCCCUUCGAAGAACGGUAUCUUCUCAAUACGUUCUGCAUACGAAACUGAAUGGAACUUCCGAUUUGGAGCUCUAACCCAGGUUAGUACAGGAUCUUCAUCACCUGAUGACAAAUGGAAGCUGAUAUGGAGUUUGGAAUGUCCAUCAAAAAUUAGAAUUUUCAUAUGGCGGGUUCUACAUGCUGCUAUUCCAUGUCGGGCAGUCUUAGCUUCUAAGCAUAUGAAGGUUAAAGUACAAUGUCCAGAGUGCAAGAUGGGGUCAGAUAGCAUCUGCCACUUCUUGUUUGAAUGUCAAAGAUCAUCAGAGGUGUGGAGACAGUUGGAACUGUAUGAGAUAGUUAAAAGAAAAUGCACAAAAUACAGAUCGGGAGAGGAAGUGGUACUUGAGCUGAUGCAUAUGGAUGAUUCAGAUAUUAACAUAUUGGGGUGCCCAAAACUGAGAGAGAUGGUACCAACCGCAGCUUGGUACUUAUGGUUCGAGCACCGGAAAGUCUACCAUGGGGAUGAAACUCAGACAACCUCCCGUAUCGCUCUCGCUAUAUGUGGACUAUCGGCCAACUUCCGUAUUACAUGUGCUCCAACAGCCAAACCUCGAACUGGAGGAUGGGAUAAGCCACCGAAGGGAUAUGUGAAACUAAAUGUCGAUGCGGGGUUUGACCAGGAUCUCCUCCAAGGAUCUGUUGGGGCUAUCAUCAGGGAUCAAAAUGGACAGUUCAUUGCGGCGGCAAAUGAAAGCAUUGACAUUUGCUAUGAUUCACACACGGCAGAAGCUCUGGCGGUGAGGUUUGGACUGAACCUAGCAAGAACUGUUGGUUGCAGCAAGAUUGUGGUUAACUCUGACAACUUAAAGAUUGUGGAGGCUCUAAAAGAUGAAUUUUCCUCCUCGGCUGCAUCGGCAAUCAUCGACGACUGUUUCUUCAUGUCUUCAGAUUUUAAUCAUCGUGCGUGGCACGCGGCGCGCCGGGACGGGUCCACCCGCCACCCUCCGGACGCCGGCGAGCCACACGCCCGCGCGCGCGAUGCCCCGGCACCAAUCCGCGCAAUCCCGCGCGCAGAUCACCGAAUCCCGGCGUCGCAUCGGCUCCACACACCCCGGAUCGUGCGCCUCUUCCACACACACGCCCGCGGCACCAACCACCUCACUCGUGAACUGUGCCCGCCCCCUCCCCGCGCGCCAUGGCCACACCCAUCUGAUGCCAACACCCCUCCCGCCAUGCUGCCCUUCUGCUCCGCCGCGCCCACCCCAUGCUCCCCCCUCUGCCCGGUGACCGCGGCCGGCGCGCGGGCGCUGCGGAGGGUCGAUGCCAGCGCGCUCAGGUCCUUCGCCGCCGACCCGCUCGUCGCGCAGGCCGUGCCCGACCGCCCGCUCUUCUCCGACUCCGCCAUCCUCUCCCCCUACGCCACCGCGCCGGACGAUAUCGUGCGGGGGUUCGCGUCCGCCGCCGAGCUGCCCGACCCUCUCUGGCGCGCCGGGGUCGACCCGCCGCUGAUGCCCGUCUCCGCCGACCUGGCCGCGGACGCUCUGCUCGGCGCGGUCACCGACGAUGCCGCGCAGCAGGCCCUGAUGGACGCGGACAUGCCCACCACGUUCCCAGCCGACGCGACCGGCGUCGAGGAGUCCGUGGCCCGGUUCAUCGACAAGCUCAGCAAGCAGAUAUUCCAGGCGGAGGACGCGCUCACCGAAGGGUACGACAAGCUCAGGCUGUCGGCGUACGACGCCCUCGGGGCCUACAGGAGGGCGAUAAGGGGCGUCGCUGGUGGCCUCACGUCCUCGGUAGCCGCCACCAAGAAGCAGGCCGCCGGUGGGGUCCCGGACGUUUCCGGUGCAUUUCAGGAUAAGGUGGCCGGAGCUGGUGCGGUGGCGGCCGACGUUCUUAGGAAGGCAAUUGUUGUAGCGGAGGAUUCACUGGGCAGUGCAACCACGUCCCUCGUAUACUACUAUGGCUCGGCCAAGUCGUCAUUGCCACCAAAUGUCAAAGAUUUGCUGGACUCAUCCGAGGAGAAAGCUAACAUAGUAUUGCGACCAAUUGGAAGUGCCCUUCAACAGGUAUACAUUAUCAUUGAAGGCAUCGAAAAGAAUGUUGGUUUGAACCCAAGUGACCCAAUUGUUCAAUUGACAGUUUUGCUUGGAGGUUCAACAACAAUAGGGAUAUCUUACUGGCUCUUCGCGUAUGGCGGCUAUUCUGGAGACUUGUCACCUGAAUCGACAUUGGAGCUAUUGAAAAGUGAUGGCAAAGCCGUACUUAUUGAUGUUCGGCCUGAGGACUUGAGGGUGAAAGAUGGAAUUCCUGACCUACGCCGUGCAGCUAGAUCUAAAUAUGCAAGCGUUGCUUCGCCUGAGAUCAAAGGUCCAACAAAGAAGCUACUUAAAGGUGGAAACGAAAUUGAUGAUGCUUUGGUUGCAGUUGUAAUCCGCAACUUGAAGUUGGUCAAGGGUGAUUCAAAGGUCAUCAUUAUGGAUGCUAAUGGAACCAGAUCAAAGUCCAUUGCUAGGCUACUGAAGAAGCUUGGUGUGCAGCAACCUUACCUGGUUAAAGGUGGUUUCCAAUCUUGGUCAAAGAAUCUUCGCGUGAAAGAACUGAAACCUGAGACUGCAUUGACAGUAAUAAAUGAGGAUGCUGAGGAAAUCCUUGAAGGCAUAAAGCCCACCCCUACACUUGUCUUUGGAUCUCUUCUGGGCCUCUCAGCAGUGACUUAUGCCUUGCUAGAAUGGGAGACGACUUUGCAGUACAUCGGUGUUCUUAGUCUUGGGUUGACGAUCUACCUACGGUUCUCUACAUAUGAGGGUUCGGAGGAUUUCCUGCAAGACCUAAAGCUGUUGCUAUCCCCAGUAAGAGUGGGCGCGGAAGCGCUCUCCUGGGCAGCUAAGAAGCUAGAGCCGAACAAGAUUGGCCUGGCGACGUCCCCAUCCACGACGGCAGUGCAGGACCGGGUUCUCAAAGCGGCAGCAAAGCAUGAAUCGAAGCCAUCUGAUGUGGAGGAGUCCAACAAGACAGACAGUUUUGCCUCCGAGGCAUGAGAAGCUCCCUGUGAGCGUGUGAACUGAAACCGUAGCCACUUCGCCAUCAGUCUGGCGAAUUGAUGUUUCUGAUGUUAGUAAUGGUACCAUGAGCCGCCGUGACGACGACCGGCAUUGUAAAUUUAUAAGCAGCAGUUUAUAUUAAACACUUGUUAGCAGAA